AUGUCGCUCGACCAGAUCGGAGCUGGCCAGGCGGUGUACGCCCAGGACGAGGGCAAGAAGGUCCGCACCCACGGCCUCGAGGCUAUCCGUAGCCACAUUCUCGCCGCCCGCGCGGUCACCAACAUCAUCAAGACGUCGCUUGGCCCGAGAGGUCUCGACAAAAUUCUGAUCUCCCCCGACGGAGACAUCAAUGUCACGAACGAUGGUGCCACGAUCCUCUCCAACAUGGAGGUUGACCACCAGAUCGCCAAGCUCCUCGUUGAGAGCCAGGACGACGAGAUUGGUGACGGUACCACGGGUGUUGUUGUUGCCAUCAUCGGUCCAAAGCUGACAUCAGUCCUCGCCGGUGCUCUCCUCUCCUCGGCCCUCUCCCUCCUCGACCGCGGUAUCCACCCCAUCCGCAUCGCCGAUGGUUACGAGAAGGCGUGUGAGAUCGCUAUCAAAGAGCUUGACCGCGUCGCCGACACUGUUCCCUUCAGCAAGGACGACACCUCCAACCUCCUGAAGACUGCCAAGACCUCGCUUGGCUCCAAGAUCGUCUCCCUCGCCGGCGACAAGUUCGCCAAGAUUGCCGUCGACGCUGUCCUCUCGGUCGCCGACCUCCAGCGUAAGGACGUCGACUUUGAGCUCAUCAAGGUCGACGGAAAGGUCGGAGGUUCCCUCGAGGACACUGAGCUCGUCCACGGUGUCGUCAUCGACAAGGACUUCUCCCACCCCCAGAUGCCCCGUACCGUCAAGGACGCCAAGAUUGCGAUCCUCACGUGUCCGUUCGAGCCCCCUCGCCCGAAGACGAAGCACAAGCUUGACAUUGAGAACGUCGAGGAGUUCAAGAAGCUGCGCGCGUACGAGAAGGAGAAGUUCGAGGAGAUGAUCAAGCGGGUUAAGGACACUGGAGCGAACCUCGUCAUCUGUCAGUGGGGCUUUGACGACGAGGCCAAUCACCUGCUCAUGCAGAACGACCUCCCCGCCGUACGUUGGGUUGGCGGUCCCGAGAUCGAGCUCAUUGCGAUUGCCACGAAUGGUCGCAUUGUGCCCCGAUUCGAGGACCUGUCGGCUGAGAAGCUUGGACACGCCGGUCUCGUUCAGGAGAUGUCGUUCGGUACGACGAGGGACAAGAUGUUGGUGAUUGAGGAGUGUGCCAACUCGCGCGCUGUGACUGUGUUCGUUCGUGGUAGCAACAAGAUGAUCAUCGACGAGGCUAAGCGUGCGCUGCAUGAUGCCAUCUGCGUUGUGCGCAACCUGAUCAGGGAUAACCGUGUGGUGUACGGUGGUGGUGCCGCCGAGAUCUGUGCUUCGAUCGCCGUCGCGAAAAAGGCCGACGAGACCCCCACUAUCGAGCAGUACGCCAUGCGGGCGUUCGCUCAGGCCUUGGACGCGGUGCCUCUUGCCCUGGCGGAGAACUCUGGUCUCUCGCCGAUUGACACGCUUGCCGAUGUCAAGUCGAGGCAAGUAACCGAGAACAACCCCCGCCUCGGAGUUGACUGCAUGGGCAAGGGAGAGAACGACAUGAAGAAGCAGUACGUGUACGACCCGCUCAUCUCGAAGCGUCAGCAGCUCCUGCUCGCGACGCAGGUUGUGCGGAUGAUUCUGAGGGUGGACGACGUGAUCAGCAACCUGUCGUUCAACGACGAGCUGUAG